CUCUUUAACCGUUAGUUACAUAAAGUAUUUUUUAUUUUAUAUCGCUUGUUGAGCAGGACACCAUCGAAGCAUUUAAAUCAUAAACUUGCAUUGUUCAUGGAAUUCAUUUUAUGUUGUUACCCGUCUUCAAUUGGUGAGAUAAAAUAAACGAAAACAGUGAUUACUGUGAAAAUACAUUCUGAUUUCGAUUAUUACGUAUUGGGAAUUAAUAUUUUUACACGAACAUUUUACAAAAGUGUCGUGUUAUUUUGAGUAAUCAAUUUUCAAAUCGAUUGAUCAUGAAUAAACUACACAAAUAUGAAAACGAUCACGAGGAAGCUGCGGAUAGCAAAUUUACCACGACAAACGCACCCAAUUUGAAGGGAGAUUGGUUAAAUUUCUACUUGUUGUUAUUGCUUUACAUUCUGCAAGGAUUUCCAAUAGGCUUAUCGAGCACUCUUCCAAUUAUUUUACAGAGUAGAAAAAUGGUGACUUAUGAAGAUCAGGCUUUAUUUAGUAUUGUGCUUUGGCCUUAUACAGUGAAAGUUUUAUUUGCUCCAUUUGUGGAUUCAUUAUACAUUCAAAGAAUUGGUAGAAGAAAGUCAUGGUUGUUGCCUAUUCAAUUUUUAAUAGGAACAAUUUUGAUGUAUACAGCAAUGAAUAUUGAUGAUUGGUUACCCGAAUCAGGCAAAGCAAACCUUAUGAUGAUCGUAUGUGUGGUAUUCGCCAUUAAUGUCUUGUCUGCAAUUCAAGAUGUUAUUGUUGACGCAUGGUCUUUAACUAUGUUGAAAAAAAAAAAUUUGGGUUAUGCUUCUACGUGUAAUUCUACUGGAUUACCAAUUGGAAUGUUUAUCGGUUCAGUUGGCCCAAUUUUACUGGUAUCCGAGGACUUCAGCAAUAAAUAUUUUCGAGCUACGCCUACUACGGGUGGUUUAAUGACACUUCAAAGUUUUAUGUUUUUUUGGAGCAUUAUAUUUUUAUUGAUUACAACAUUGAUUGGUAUAUUUAAAAAAGAGAAAGAUCAUAGUUUUGAAUUGGACCACAAAAAGAUCAGCGUAUUCCAAAAUUAUAAACUAUUAUGGAACAUUUUAAAGAAGCCUGAAAUAAAAUUAUUAGGAAUUGCUUUGCUGACAGCGAAGUUUGGAUUUUCUGCAACGGACAGUGUAUCGAGUUUGAAAUUAAUCGACGCCGGCAUAUCUAAAGAUGACAUUAUGAUGACAGUGACCGGCAUGUAUGCUAUAAAAUUUAUCAUGCCAAUUUUUGUAUCCAAAUACAUUACCGGUCCUAAAUCCAUGGAUCACUAUCUUACAAUGACACCUUUCAGAUUGAUUUGGAAUAUUACGCACAUGGUGCUGAUAUAUUACACACCGAGCUUAAUAAAUAAUAAUGGAAUAACAAAAGUUCCUGUUUACUAUUACUGCUUAUUAGCAUUUAUUUUUGCAGUGACUGAAAUACUGAGUUUUUUCAUGUUAUUAGCAUUAUACGCUUUCUUUUGUCGACUAAGCGAUCCAUGUUUUGGUGGCACGUACAUGGCGUUAUUUAAUACAUUUUACUUUCUGGGGUGGUUAAUACCAAAUACUUUGGUUCUAAAAAUGAUUGAUUUUCUAACCUUUAGUACAUGUUCAAACGACACCCAAAAUAGCUGUCUUACUCCACAUUUAAAAAACGUAUGUGCUGCAAAUGGAGGAAGUUGUGGAGUGUACGUGGAUGGUUACUAUAUAACAGUUACCAUAUGUAUAGUCAUCGGAUCAAUAUGGUACUUUGCAUUUAGAAAUAAGUUUAAAAAUUAUCAACCUAUAAAAAUAGUCGGUUAAUGUGUCAUAAGCAAUUUGACGGGAACAGUGAAUAAAAAAAGCUUAACAACUAUAAGUAUCAAGUUUGAUAUUGAAAUUGAUUCAAUGAAAUUGUUUUGUUAAAAAUGUAUAACAAAAAUUAAGUUAGGAACAUACGAAAAAAGCAAUACAUUUUGAAAGUUGUAUGAUAUAAUCAUAUUAUAUAUUGUUAGUUGUUGAAAUUAUUUGUAUUGUUUUAUAAUAUUUUAUUAUUUGUACAGUUAUAAUAUAUAUUUUUAAUAUUUUGUAAAAUAUAAAUAUUAUUGAUUACGUGUAUUUUG